UAAAUUUAGCAGGGAGGACUCGGAGGAGGAGGAAGAGGCGAAGGGGGCGCCGCAUUGCGUGAGCGCUAACUCGAAGAAGGAAGGCGUCUGGCUGGGCCUCCCGCUCCAGUCAGCUCUCGCCUAAACGUGUCCUUAACAUAAAGCCAGAUCUCCUCCCACCUCGACCACGAAGCAUCUCUCACACAAACCACCACCACCAGGCAUUCCUCCUCCUCCUCCGCCCCUCUCUUCCUCUCUCCCCUUCUCUCAUUGGACCCAUCACAUCCAAACGGCAGCCUGUUCCUUUGACUCAUCUGCUCCCGAAAGAGGCCACCUUUCCAGUUCACUAUGGGCGAGGUCAUCCCGUACAACUAGUACCGCAUCCUGGCCUCACCCCGAACACUCUCCUCCCCCAGUGUCCAUCAUUCAAGCCAACGCCCAGCAACCAGCGAUCACAUCCGCAGUCGCUGAAACCAACAACUAUCAACAUUGCCAUCCAUAAUCAACACGAUGUCGGGCUCACCACACAUCAAGUUCGAGCAUUCACCAGCCGACAGCCUCGCCGACAGCUUUGUCUCAACACCAAACACCGCAUAUCCUUCUCUGUUCCACCCAAACGACACCAUGGAUCCAUCCGAGGUCAUGACUCCCCAGUCAUUCGAUGAUGAGAGCAUGUUCGGCGGAUCGAUGAAUGGUGAAAGCAUGGCUGGAACUCCAGCGCCAGAGAAGAAGCCAGUCAAGAAGAGAAAGUCUUGGGGCCAACAACUUCCAGAGCCAAAGACAAAUCUCCCGCCUAGGAAACGUGCCAAGACUGAAGAUGAAAAGGAGCAACGCCGAGUUGAGAGAGUCCUGCGCAACCGCCGGGCAGCUCAAUCAUCAAGGGAGCGCAAACGUCAGGAGGUAGAGGCUCUCGAGGCACAGAAGCUCGCCGUCGAACAAACAAACCAAGACCUCAUGAGACGAUUGGCUGACGCCGAGGCAAAGAAUGCCCUCCUUGAGCGCCAAUUGGAACAAAUGAGCGGCGGUAUGAAUGCCUUUCAUUCAUCGUCAGUUGCCUCAUCUCCAGGAGCCUCCGAGCAACUACGCCAAACACCUAGACCAUCCAUCACCUUCUCACAAAAUCUCUUCGGUCCAAGAGACGCUGACCCCCAGCCAAUCAGGACACAAUCUCUUGUCGAUCCUCAAGUAGUCCAAACCGUCAACCCCGCCUCUCUAUCCCCAGAGAUGGGGCCUGUCGUCGAUUCCACUUCCAACGCCAAUUCUUCCGACUUGACACAACAUCCUGCCGCGAUGUUGUGCGACCUGCCGUGUCAGUCGGAAGAGCCCAGGCCCUGGAUGGAUUCGACCUCAACGGCUUCGAUAUCUCACAUUUUAGCAAUAACGCUCAUGAUCAAUGUGGGUACGAAAGCUAUUUGGACCUUCCUUCAACCUCUGAAUCAGAUCUUGACCUCCUUAACAACCGGGUCCUACCUGCCGCCAACCAGUUCGAUCAUUACUUCGAUAAUUUGGCUCACAACAACGACGGCGUCUUUGAAGACAGCCACUUCGACGAAUUCCUCAACCACGACGACCAGCCUGCGCCCGAGAUUCAGUCUUCGGAUUCGCUUGCUGAGAAGACUGCUAGCCUGCAACCCCCAUUUGGCGCGUCCACUUUCGGAUGCGACGAUGGUAGUAAUGCGGUUAGCGUCUGAACAGCAGCUCCGUGACUGUCUUUCCACUGUAGAUGCGAGUCGUCUUGAGACCAGGGAUUCGGCGAGUGUGGAAACACUCAUGACGUUACUUUGGGCGAUCCGUGUUAUCGAAAGGGAGAACAAACUGGAAGCACCAAAGCUGGACGCGGCUACGGUGGCUAGACAGUCAGGGGAGUUGGAUAGCCUGUUCAGACUUGGAGAGCAGCAGAAAAGGGUUUCGUUUGUCUCGCAUGGAAGGGAUGUGGGUAUGGGUCACAAGCAAAAGUCCUUGGAUCACUGGCGUACGGCGUUCAAACAUGAUCGGCCUUGAAUCUUAGCGAAGGAAUCAUUUGGCUUUCCCAUUGCCGUGUACACCAGAUGUAACAUUUGCCAAUGCAAUGUUUUUUUUACCAUAAAACCGUAAUACUCGUGUUUGAUGACGUGACAGCCUUUCUGCGGCUCCUCGGAAGUGAUAAUGAUAUUUGUGAAUUGUAAAGUAAGAUCAGGCAGCCUGGUCGAUGUAGACGUCCAUAGCAUGGAUCCUGUUUGGGUUUGACUUUGGAAAGUCACGUCAGGUAAAG